AUGACUGUGUCAAUCGGUGAGAUGACCAGCAGGCUCCUUGAGAUGCCCCGGGGCACCAAGAUGCUUGGCUCCACGAUCCCAACAUCCUUCGCAGGGGCCGCCCCGGGCGGUGGGGGCGGUACUCAGGUGCAAAUGCCGCCGGUGAUGCCUCUGCCACCGCCACCCUCGGCAGCUGCUGCACAGUGGGCUCAGCAUGCUUACACUGCGAGCACGCAGGCAGCAGCAGCCAAAGCCGCAGCAGCCAAGGCAGCCGAGGUGGCAGCGGCACAGGCCGCAGCUGCGCAGGCUGCGGCCACUCAGGCGCAGGUGGCGCAGGUCAGCGCGCAGCAAGCGGCGGCCGCGCAGGUGGCGCAGUCCCUGGGCUACAACGUGGCUCCCGUCGGUGUUCCCACAGCAGCUGCAUACGGGGAUCUGCCGUCUGCGGCACCGCCAUAUGGCCUUAGCUCUCCGAACCCCAUGCCGGCAACCCUAUCUUCAGUGCACCCGCUGUUGAUCUUGCCGGCUGCUCUUGCAGCAUCUUGCUUCGAAGGAGCACGACCUGGGUCCAAACCAUCGCCGGGGGAGUUCCUGCCAUCUGUUCCGGCGGACUUCAUCAGCAGCGAAAGCUCAAAGAUGUGCUUUCGGCAAGAGCAGUUCUCGAGCUCGGACGAGACGGACACUGCAAUGUGA